UGGGGAGGGGGCACUGGGAAGAACAAGCACGUACCACCCUCUGCUGGAACCGUGAGGGAAGAUGGCAGGGGCGUCACGGGAAGGAUUAUGGAGUCGGGGGCUUCAUUAGUGGGCUGCACUGGAAGGGUGGGAGAACUCACCAGGCAGGCUCUGCAGGAUAUGUGGCGACCCCCCCCCCAUACGUACAGGGCCAUUAGCUCUUGCCCUUCCCGUCUGCAAACUUGAGUGAGAUGCCUCCCAGCUGUUGUUAAAGGAUGUUACAAGGUCAGCACGUUGCUAAAGAGUAAAGCUGUGGAUGCAGAAGGAAAAGUUUUACAUUCGAUCCUUUAUGGUUUCCACAACAGAAUGUCUCACCAUAAAACCUAUUUGUCUCUGAAACAGGUAGAACAAUGUUUAAAGCGUUUAAAUCAGAUGAACUUGAUGGGCUCCAUUCAAGAUCUGGCGGAGUUGUGUCCCAAGAAAAGUAAAUCUGAAAAUGCAGGGGAGUGCUUGGUUCCCAGCCAGCCUGUGAUAGAAGUGGUGGCGGUGAAGAUCUUGGGAGGCUGCAAGCUCUUGUUGCGCUUACUGGAGUGUUGCUGCAAAGCAUUUGUCCUGUCUGUUAAGCAUCUGUGUUUGGAAGAAUACAUCCUUUUGAACACUGUGGUUUCGGGAUUGUUGAGCAGAUUAUGGAUUCUUUAUAGGUGUGUAUUACAAAGCCUCAUUUCUUUAUAUGGGGUGUUGUCUGGGUUGCUGCAGGAGGUGUCCAGGACCCAGCAGAUGCCUUAUAUUAAGGGGUUUACCUUCCCUUCUGAAAUCACGGAGUUUCUGGGACCCCUUUAUUUGGAGAUUAAAAAAAGACCUAAAGUACUUGCAACAAAAAAGGCAACUGGAUGGCUGAACAAACUGUUUGCAGGGCCUGCAGUAGCAUCCAAGUGCAGUAAAGAGAGAGGCCUGGCAGCUCCCACAAGGUGCAGCAAGAUGACCAACAUCCAGCGCCCUAUUGACAUUGGAAAGCCGGUUCUGCUGAAGAGAGCGAACAGAGGAAAGCAGUUGGGAUUUGACAUCAAGACCUUAUGUAGGCAACUUAAACCCAGAGUCCAAGAGGAAGUAGACUUCAGGCUAACGCUUUCUGAAGCAAAAGCAGUGAGAUCCCAGCAUGCCAAAUCCCUUGUGUUGCGGUUUAGAGAAGCCUGCUCUUUUGGAGAACUGUCUGAAGCACUCAAAACGGCCAUUCUCUACUGCAAAAGCAAAAAGCUCAAGUCAGAAGCUUUCUUUCUGGGAACCAAACUUUUGAAAAGCAAACGGCUGCACCAUGUGGAGGCUCAGGGCUGCAGCUUACAGAAAAAACUGGGCUGUGUUAAAGCAUCUAUCUGCAAAUACCUUCUCUCUGGCUUGCAAAAGGCACAUUGGCCAAAGCAGUACCACAGAGCAAGUUCUUGGCAGCAAAGGAAGAUCAAACUGUCCAGAAGGUCAAAAUCUGUCUCAAAGAAGACUCCAGAGUUUGUUCAACAAAGCACUUCCAGCCUUUUUGAAGACAGUAUGCCUGGUGCUGCGUCCCUCUCUCCUUCUUGGCAGUGUGAGCAUUCACUUCACCUAAGAAAAGCAGGAGACUGUAGUGCUGCCAAGCAUAUUGGAGAACAAGACAAAGUGGGGACCUCUGAACGUGUGGCGUUGGAAAGAAACCCUGGGCCUACAGUGAAAGGGACUAGUGAGAACGAUGAUAUUGAUGACAUUUUUGCAGCAAUGGGUGUAUAACACUAGUGCAAUGAUGUGGGGGUGAGUCACUGUAGUACAGAGGUCCCCAAACUGUGGGGCACACACCCCCCAAGGGUGGGUUUGGAGGAACACUUGGGGGGGCACAGUGGGGCCCAAGCCAGCCCCCAUGGGGAGUGAGGAAAAGAGCGCCACCCAACCCCGCUCCAAUCCCUCUGCUCUGGCCCCAUGCGCAGCCUUGGCUCUGCACCUGUCCCGCUCCAAGCCUUGGGCCUGCCCCAAACCUCGGCCCCUGUCUAUAGCUCUGUUCCCAACCUUGGCUGGAGACCCGCACCCAGCUGCACCCCCAUUACCUGUGUCUGUCUCUCCACCCACCCUGGGAGCUACAGCCCUGCUCCUGGCCAAGGGGGGAGAGGGGUGCACGGCAGGGUGCAACUGUGAAAAGUUUGGGGACCACUGCUGUAGAACUCCAGUCUAGCUUUUUAUAACUGCCUAAAGAAAACUAUUAGAAACAUUGUUAAAGUGUUAGUCUCUGUAAUCCACAUACUUAAUUUCCCCACAAUAAUUGGGGGCUAGUGAGGCUGCACUACAGAGAAGAUAGUGGUCCUACUAAAUGUUUCUUUCUAAAAUGUUAUUUUAGAGGAGAUAUCUCAGAUGAACAGUUCAAUAAAUUGUCAUAGGUGAGAGGGCCUUGCUAAGGGAACAGUGGUUUAUUUGGGCGUUUUUCAUCUCUUCAUCAAGAAAAGCACAAUGGCUUUAGUCCUACUGAUGAGAGACCUGUGUUAUAAGUGCUGCAAUCACAGAAUGUAGAAUAAAACACCAUGUUAGAAACCAACGAGAGGACAAGACUCCUCUAGCAUGUGGAAAGAGCUGGGCCAUCUGCUUCUGGCUAUCAAAGGAACCCCUCCCUUGCUCUGAGUGAAGAUUUAAAAUACUUUCUAUGUAUCUGUUUUUCAAACAAGCCAAGACUAUAUCUAUCUAUAGAUAUAGUCACCCCUUUAAUAUUUGCUGCUCAUACAGAAGCCAAAAUGUCUUUGUCAUUCUGAUGCCUGAAGUGUAUGGGAGCACAUAAGCUAGGUCCUACAGUGUUGCCUUCAGCUAAUGGUUGGUGGUACAUCAGCUCAUCUAGAUAUUUGCCUAGUUUUUAACAGGCUGCAAAAAAAGCACUAGCAAAGUCAGUACACACUAACAUUUUAUACAGAACUUUAUACUGCUCUGUAUACUAUACACUGAAAUAUAAGCACAAUAUUUAUUUGAUUUUAUAAU